AUGGCCUAUUGCCCCUUCUCUGAUGAUACAUCACCCAACGACUUCAUCGAGUAUACCGAUUGGUGCCCAGCUUCUCUUGACAAUUUUUGGUCAGCAGGUCUAACACUUACCGACCAUGUUGACUACACACGUUAUUCAUUCCUCAUUAUCAACAAUCUCCGUUGCUUGUCUCAAGAAGACAUCGCCGUUCUCCAAUUGCAGGGCUGUCUUCAGCUUCCGAACAGGAGAAUUACGGAUGAGCUUAUAAGGCAAUACUUCAUGCAUGUGCAUCCGAUGUUACCUCUGCUCAGCGAGUCGCAUUUCUGGCGUGUCUAUUGCAGGCCAGAAUCGGAAUUUGGUACAGAGUCUGAAAAAAUCCCCUUGCUUCUCUUCUGGGCCAUGCUUUUUGCAUCUUGCGGAAGGCUUUUUGAUCUUGAUACAGAAUCGUCGCCGAUAGUAAUGGCCCAGUCUGCUCUCCUCCUCACAUUUUGGUCAGUGCCAUCUAAGCCCGCACCGUUCGGACCAAAUACCAUGUGGCUCAAGAUAGCUAUUCAUUACGCGCAAAUGGUCAAUGCCCACCACGCCUGUUUACCAAACGCUUCGCCGACGAGGCCGGGAAACGCACAAGGGCCGCUGAUGCGGCUCUGGUGGUGUUGCAUCAUCCGCGACCGCUCGCUCUCGCUUGGUCUUAGGCGGAGCCUUCAGAUUUCCAAGCUUUAUCAAGUUCCGGAUUAUAUUGAUUUCCAAGAAGAGAUACAUAGUUCAAAGGUAUAUGACCCAACGACAAAACAAAUUCUUACUCGGAUACUAGUCCAUUUCAUGGACCUUUGCAUGAUAUUGACAGAUCUUCUAAUUGUUUCGUCUCAAGAAGACUAUCAUUAUCAACUUUCAAAAGGCAGAAAUGAAGUGAUGGGAAGGUUAUCAGCGUGCAGAAUUGCUCUUCAAAGCUGGCAUGAUCGGAUGAAUCUCGAGUUCCCUACUUCAAACGAAAACAAGGAAUUCUAUCACAAUUCCGUGAUCAUCCACGUGAACAUGACACAUAUCUAUUAUAAUGCUGCGAUGCUCACCCUUCACCAGUGGGAGAUUCUAUUUGAUGCCUGCUCGCCAGCAGCAACUGCCCAUUCCGUUUCUCUCCACACAAGCCCCUCCAAACAGACCGAGCAAGUAGAGGAAGCAGCCCUGAGCAUUGCAGAUCGCCUCACUGAGCUUAUGCAAUUGGGCUUGAUCCCCUGUGCCCCAGACUCAAGUCUUGGUCCAUCUUUGACUGACAUUCCAAGGCAGGAGGGGCCAAACGCGCAAUCAGAUGCGGAUCCUCCCGACAAACCAGGCCAAGACAGACCAACACCAAAUGUCACCUGCAUCGAGCAAGACAACCCCUUCGAGGCCAAUACGGCUUCGUUUGACGACUUCCUAGCUGUCCUAGAAGCUACUACGAAGGAAUCAGAAGGAAGUUCAGCGAACUCGAUGCAGUUCAGUGACAGCGUAUCGAGGAACGGAAUGCAGGAUGAACUAGAAUAUCUUCUGCCCGGCAAUUCGGAGGUGUAUCUCCAGGCUAGUCACUUCAGUGAAAUCCCUGAAUUUUCUUGGAUGUCGGACAACUUUUUGGAGUUUGCUAGCGAGGGAGGCUCCGAAACGUUGAACAUGACACCAUCCCUGGAUUCGGUUUUGAAAACUGCGGAGAGGGCAAGUACCAACGAGAAUCCGCCCGUGGGAGAUGUUUAA